AUGUUAAAUUGUAGUGCCGAUGAGAAGCUACGUAACAUCGGCAAGCACCAGGCCGGUACAGUUGUGCAGACACAGAAUUUCACUUUUUACAAGAACCAGCCAAAACGGGAACCCGAAGCACAACUACAACCGCAGCGUCAGCAGCAGCAACAGCAGUCGCCCACGCUCCCACAGAAAGAACCGGAUGUCAGGGAAUCCACGGCACCUGCGCAGCAGUUUGAUCCCGACGUAGCUGGCGUCAUGGAUGGUCGAGUAAUUUUGCGGAAUGGCCGUCGGGAACGGAAUGGUAUCCGCGUUUCUGGAGAAGCCGAGAGAGCGGAGCUUAAACGACGGUCAAGGAGUGAAGGACCAAACCGAAGGAUUCGUCAGUCUAUGGAUGAGCGAGAAAAUGGCAGGAAGCUGGCGUGUGAUGGGGGAGGAAGAGGUCGGAAGUUGCAAGAAUCAUCUGAUUCCGAUGAUAGUGAAGGAAAUGCCCGGGUGACUGCUGGAUGUGUGGGCUUUGAUUCGGAUUCAGAUAGUGAUCGGAUGAAGUGGAACAAAAACCCGCUUGUCGUGCGCAGAGUUAAACGCUCUGAUAAAAUGAAACAGGCUGAGAAACGACUGAGUGGGACGGAGAAUGGCACGGCUGCUAACAGAGACAGUUGGGUUUACUACGGGCAUGAGGAGAACAGGACGGAUAGUCAAGGAGGAGGUAACUCUAGCUCCAGGGACAGCGGCAGCAGUAACAGAGGAAGCAGUAAGUAUCAAAAGCUGGAAGAAAUGAGAAAGAAACGAAUAAAUUUAGCAGUGACUUCAGAUGAAGAAACCACUCCAGCGUCGAGGAUAUCCAGGUUACGUCAGAGAGCUUUACAAGGUGGACUUGGGGAACAGCUUAAGUCUUCUCGUUUAUCAGGAACCUCUAAUGAGAGCGCCGCGUGGGACGAUGGGAAAAUGCGUCAACAACAAAUCCAGGGAGUAGAACAGGUUGCUUACCCUGAUUCUGCUUUUCAUAGGGUUCAUGGGAGUGGGUUAGCAUCGGAGAGGUCACAGUUUGGAUCAAGGAUCAGCUCAGAUAAACAGCCUUCCACAUUUGGGCAGCAGAGUUACCAGGAAAGCCCUAAAAGAAUUGAACCCUCAUACUCUGCAAGUAUAUCAUCACAAGUACAAGGUAACAAAUCCAUAGUAACCAAAACUAGCCUCUCAUUGUCGGACUCUAUGGUCGGUAUUGAGCAACAACCCUCCAGACUUCAGCAGAAAUCUGUCAUGAACCAACAACUUCAGGCUCACAAACAACCUCCGGCGCGACCUCCUCCUCCGCUUAUUACUGCCACCCGGCAGUCAUUCUUCGCAAUGCCAGAAGAAAAAUCAUCGCCAGCUGUAAGCAAUAGUUCACUGGAAGUUGCUGUUCGGCGAAUAACAACUCAGGUCCGUAUUCCCUCAGUGGAUUCAAUUGUUACCUCGCCAUUAAAAUUGACUUCAGCCGCCGCAAGUACUAACCAGGCUGUGACUUUCUCCAACAAUCUGCGACAGAUCCAGGCAAGAGGAAGUCCUACACCAAAUCAGGAGCUAUUUCAGGUUUUAAACACCUCGAGGUCAUCUGGACAAUUCAACGACGUGGUAGAGAUGAGGCUAAAGAAUACACGCGAUGGCCAGCCUCAGCCUCAGCCCAAAAUUGCUAAGAAGCCUUAUUCAAAGCCUUGUUCAUUCGCCUGUGAGGAUGACACUCUUGAUGAGUUAAUCGAGUCCAACAUACAGUACUUAGAUAGCGAGUUUGAAAAGUCAAAAGCAAAAAGAAAUUCCAGCUCUAAUGUCAUUAGAUCCUCGAGCCUACCUGAUCCAAGACGGAUGUCCACCACUGGGCCACGAGAGCAACCUUCUAUUCAAGUUCAAGCUAGCACGAGCAUUGAGUUUCACGUAUCCUUGCCAGCUGAACCAUUAGGGGCACCCCUAAUACAAAUAGCUCCAUACAAUGCCACCAACUACCAGUCCGAAUAUGCAUAUGACAACCACUUGAGGUCCCAACCCGACGUCGUGCCCAGGAAGUUUUCCUAUGACAGUCACUCCAGAAUGUCCCGUCCAAACAGCGAGUACUAUGACAGAGAUGACAUGUCCAAGUCUGACAGCCAGCUCAAUGCUCAGAUUGUGAUUCCUAGUUACCUUAGCAACAGCCUUCACCCCGAUCAAGCAUACGCCAGGGUAUGUGUCAGUGACAUCAACCUCAGAUCUGACACUGGAAACGAGCUGAACGUUCCUCAGGUAGACAAAGGCAUGUUUUCUGAUGUUGAGUACGACAUCGAAGUCUCUGAACGAGUCAAGAAAUGGGAAAAAUUUAUGAAAAACAAAGAUGGUCAGAUUCCCAAUGAAAAGAAAAAUUUGAAUUUGACAACAAUACAAGAAAACAUCGAAGGUGAUUCUCUUAUGCUGCCAAGUGAAGUGAGGAAAUCAGUUUUAUUAAGUAGAAAUUGUGAUUUCGGCUCUCCAUAUACCAAAGACAUUACUUAUACCCCUCCAACCCGAUCACGACCAUUCAGCUCUGAUACAUCUUUAAAUAGAUGCCAGGAAGCAAACGAAGUCAGGAUGUAUUCCAUGGAUACUAAUGCAAAUCAUAUUGUCCAUCUUGGUCAAGAUCCCCCAGCAGGCCCUAGAAUUGGCAUUCAGUCACAGAGUGUCACUUCCUUGUUCCAUACGCCAAUGACCUCAAGGCCAGAAAAAGGCUUCCUCAGCGCCAAUGAACUGCGCCAACAAAUGCUAGCCAAUCGUCAGUCAGCUCUUCCAAGUACCGGUGUACCUCGACGGGAAAAUAUGUUCUUAUCCGAAACACAUAUAUCUGAAAACAGUGCCUACACACCUCCAGAUCUUGCUUUGCAUAGAUCAACUAAUGUUCUUGACCUGCGCGAUUAUCCCAAACGAUUGUCGAGAUAUCACGAUGAACUCAGCGAAAUUUCUAAUGUCAAGACUGACUCUGUUAUCAGUCUUAGACGUCGCUUUGACACAGACUCAUCGACAAUUACAUCAGAAGAUGAUCGUACUUCAGUGUCAACAUCUUCAACAAGACUACAGCCACAGUCUAAGGAAUCGCCAACAUUGGACUGGUCGUACAUGCUACCUGGAUAUGAAAAGAAGAUCAAAGACACGGAUGUUUGGUCCCCAAAUCUGGAGAGUACGCAAGGUGUCCCAGUGAGUAUAGAACGAGUCACUGCACGCACUCUGCAAACAAUCCCCUUCUCGGAAGAUCCAUUUUGGAAGGAGAUUGAGGAGAUGACCUCAUUUGACCCCAGUAGCAUGGCAGGGCAUCUGAGUGUGAGUAAGUCUCAAGAACCAGGUUCUGCUGCAGAACUGGUCAGAUCCCAGCAUCAGAUAGAACUCAAUUCUCCACACAGCUCCACAUUACCCAAUCACACCCGAAACAGCACCACCCCAAUUAAAGAACGGAUGCAGAGAUCAAAGUCUCUGUACACGCCAAACAUCAUACCGUUGUCAGUAAACGUGGCUGACAAAUCACCGUCGCGAGCUGUCAGUGCUCUGGAUGAAGUCCUGGAGGACAUCAGCAGGUCUUCCUUGGAACGAAAACAGUUAAGUCCUAAAAAGAGAGCGCUUGAUUCGGACAUGGUAACAUUCACACACUCCUGCAUGACAAAUGUCCCAGGUCAUGUCAAAGGAAGACAAGACCAACCACAGCCUGGGUUCAAGUUUGAAGGGGGGCAAUUGACUUUCAUGAACCCUCACAGUGAGACCCACGCACCGAAACCGCUGUCCUCGGGAGGUCUACGGCAGGAUCCGUCUGAAAAAGUGAAGCAGCCAUUACAGUUUUAUCAACAGCAGAGGCAGCAGUCACAACAACAGCAGAGCCAGAACAGACAGUCGCAGGUGUUGUCUGGUAGUAUCAACAGUUAUCAUUUGGACCCAGCUGUUCUCAAGCAGAAGUUGUUGAGUACAGGUCUGGUUGUGGAAACAGACACGGAAGAACCAGUAAGCUUGAAGCAGUCUCGAAGUUCUUCUCUCGGAGCAGUGAGUUCUGUUUUCCCUUGUCACACAACCACAACUCCAGCUUAUACUUCUAUCAUGUCAAAUUCUAAUGCCAAAGCCCCUUUACAAAAACCGGUGAAAGCGACAAGUUUAAUCUCAUCCAGCCACUCUAUUGAAACGUCUCUUGCGGCAGAAGGCACAGCGGCACCUUGGGCUGUAAAGCAGUCUGGUUCGAGUGCCCUUGAUGAUAUCCAGAAAGCCUUAGCUCCGUUCCACUCCACCACCUACCAACCAGAUGCUGAAGCACUAUACGGCACUUCGCGAUUACAGUCCUUCAAUGAGCCCAACUUUGACACGACAAAAGGCCCGCAAACAAAAACAACCAGUUGGACAUACCAGCCCCAGUUCAAACACGGUGAACUAAUUGAUAGCAGUGAUAUCUCUUCCUCAAACUCUUUAUCUCGACUCCAGCAGGUCAACGCAUCAAUGGAUGACCUCAAAGAUCUGGCUCAGAAUGUGGAGAGAAAGAUCAAUGACAUCAAAGGAAAACUUCAGACUGCAGAUGAUAAGAGCUUAGAUUCCAUUCUGGCCUCGCUGCGAAGAUUAACUCCAGAAGUGAAGACACAAGAUAAAGAGUCUGGAACUUUUGAGGAUUACUACACGACCAAGAAAUCCAAGCUCUCAGAUGCCCUGCUGGAGCUCAACAGAAUCUACAAUGAAUUAGAGCUAAACAAUGGGAAUUUUCACCCAUCUUCUCAACGACAGAAACAGAAGCAAUAUACAACAAGCAAAUCUAGUGAUUUCUUCCUUACCCCUCAACUAAAGUCGGAACAUUUGAGACCAAUGCAGACACGCAUAUCUUCAGUCUUUAUUCCAGGCCUGGAGUUCAAAAACAGGAUUCAUCUGGACAAAGAAACAGAGUCAGAAUUUGAUAUCCUGUCUAAAUCUUUCCAAGCAAUUGUUGAUGAAGUGAAUCAAACGACUGAUAUGUUCUCGCGAUCUACAGACCACAACAAAGCAGAAAACACAGCUCCAGAAACUCAGAAACAGACAACAAGAAUUGUCUUGAAAACUGAAGGUGUUCCACCAGCAAGGACUUUAAUGUCGUCCAGCACAGACAGUUCUUUGACAACUAAAGUACCUCCAGCUAUUGCUCCAAAGCCACAAGAAGCGAAGGCAAAAGGAGGGCGAUUCAGAUCCAAACUGCAAGAAAGUGCAACAGAAGAAGAAUCUAGUGUGAAACGGCUCAGAUCUAAAUCUGUCCCAGAACUCGACUCGAACAUGAAAGAGCUGAUUGGAGCCGUGAAGGAGAACACGUCUAGUAGCCGUAAUGUGGGGCAAGCAACAUCCUCAGCCACAAUAACAUUAGUGGAGACGUCUGGGAUAGAUACAGCUGUACAAGCAUCCUCUCCAUCUGUGAGACAACGCACGCGAGUUCGACCAGUCAGAGAUAACAAGAUUAUUCAAGAUGAUAGAACCACCAAACAGUAUGGUUCUGAAGUCACCCCUUCCCCACAGCCCUCCCCCAUUGUUUCUAGGAAAAUUAUAUACAGCAGUUGUCUGGAAGAUACAGCAGCUCAAUUCACAACACAAGAACCAACAGAAGAAGUAGCAGAGGCAACAAAUCUGUCGAAGCAGCAAACACAGGUCGCACAGCAGGCCCAAGCUGUUACAGAUAUAAAGGCAGCAUUGGUUUCUUCCCCUGCUUCUCUGAAGAAAAUCCCACCUCCGACUGCCACCAAACCAAGUUCGCGGUCAGAGACUUUCGUAUCUGCAUUGUCAACGGAGAUGCCGUGCGUCAAUGACUCCGCAAAAAGCCUCACGGAAAGAGUUCUUGAUACUCAAUCAAGUAACACAAUCAAGCCCGUAUUUGCUCGAUCGGAGACGCCUGUGUCCAUGUCGUCAACGGAGAUGCCAUGCGUCAAUGUGUCCUCCAAAAGGCUCAAAGAAAGAGUCCCCGAUACUCAACAAUCAAGCAACACGAACAAAUCCACCGUGGCACAACGCCGAGGCAGUCAGCACAACCAGCCAGAGUGUGCUCCAGAGGUUCACCUCUUACAUCCUGCUGUGGAGAAACCAUCAGAAGCUGGAACAAAGACAGAUAAGGCUGAGACAAGUGUCAGUGCAGACAGUAGGUCCAAGAGACGCCUAGGCUCAGGUGUAGCCUCGAUGUUAGAUAAGUUUAGCACAGGUGAUGAGACAGGUGAUAAGAUAAGGACAAGGCUAGGUGCACAGAGUGCUCCAGAUCUGACCGAAUCACUCCAAGAAGGCGUUGACGUGAUGGAUAACAGCGAAGCGGGUAGUCUAAAGAAAACAGCCUCUACAGUUAAAACACAGACAAAACAAUCCUCAGAGAGUAAAUCUACACCAACAAAAAUUAUGAAGUCACCAGCUCAAAGACCAGUCGAGAAAAGAACUCCAGUUCACGCCACAGACGCCAAUAAAGGACAGGUUACAAAGCCUAUAUUUACAUCAUCGAUAGAUAAAAAGAUCCCUGAACCCGAAUCUAAGACCACGAGUUCUGAAACAUCGUCGCCACAACCUUCAUCUCCAGUCAACAAACCACCUCAUCAUCCUUGGAAACGUCAAACGUCCGACCCAGAUAAACAGAAUAUAUUGGAGACUGCCGUCGAACCAAGUGUUGCUUCUCCUAAAUUUGUCUCCAAGAUUCCCCGGCUAGUCACAACACCCAGACCCAGUGCCGCAUCAAGCACAUCUGAGGACAGCUCUACCCGCAAGGCCAGGGAGCCUCGUCCUAAAGUUGACUCCCCAAGAGCAGUGCCCAGACGAGUACGACCAGCGGAGAGAAAAAUGCAGAAGGACAUGUUGAGAGAAAGGCCUCACAGUUUUCAUGAAUUGAUUUCUUGCUCCGAGAAAUACCCGACAAGUCUUCAGGCGUGCCAAGCAUUGCGCAAGUAUGCCUCGGCCGAUGAAGUCCAUUCAGAGAAGCUGGUUAGUAAAGUGUUCCGAUCUGAGACAAGCCCCCUGAGAAAGAGAACUAAAGACAACAAAGCAAUGUUACUGAAACUUGAACUGAAGGUGAAAAGCUGA